AUGGCAUACUUCGCACUGGUGUUGGUCAUCAUGACCUGGGUCACGGUCACCGCCAGCUUGGACCGCAACGUGCUGACCGCAGCGGCCGAGAUCUGGGCCGACCCGUGGGGCAAGGCGACUUUGUUCGACGCCUACUUGGCCUUUUUGACGGUUUACCUUUGGAUCGCUUACCGGGAAGCCUCGUGGCCCAAGCAAUCCAUCGAGGAGAUCCGCGUGCUGCUGAUCGAUCGCUUGCUCGAACGAGACCUGCUGCCAGAUCAGGCGAUCCGUUUCGGUAUCCGCCGGCUGCUGGCCGGGCGCUUGCGGAGUGCCGCUGCCGGUGGCGAAGAGGCCUCUGCUCGACGUCUCGAGGAGCUGAUCGCCGAGCUCGACGAGAGCCCGAUCGCGCUGGCCACCCACACCGCCAACGAGCAGCACUACGAGCUGCCGACCGAGUUCUUCCAACUAGUGCUCGGUCAUCAGCUGAAAUACAGCUCAGCCUUGUAUCCGACUGGCGGCGAGAGCCUCGACCAGGCCGAGUCGGCGAUGCUCGACCUCUAUGUCGAGCGCGCCCAGAUCGCCGAUGGGCAGCGGAUUUUGGAGCUCGGCUGUGGCUGGGGCUCGCUGACUUUUCGCCUGGCCGAGGGAUUUCCCGGUUCCAGCAUCGUGGCGGUGUCGAAUUCGAGCAGCCAGCGCGAGUUUCUGCAGGCCGAGGCCGAGAAGCGCGGGGUCGAGAACCUGCAGGUUAUUACCGCUGACAUGCGCGACUUCGAGGCCCCAGGCCGUUUCGACCGGGUGGUGUCGAUCGAAAUGUUCGAGCACAUGCGGAACUACCGUUGGUUGAUGGCCCGCGUCGCCGGUUGGUUAGAGCCCGCCGGCAAGCUUUUCGUGCACAUCUUCUGUCACCGGACCUACGCCUAUCCAUUCGAGGAUCUCGGCCCCGGGGACUGGAUGGCGCGGUAUUUCUUCACCGGCGGCCUGAUGCCGUCCUAUGAUCUCCUGACCCGUUUUCAAGACGACCUACGGCUGGCGGAGCGCUGGCAAGUCGACGGCACGCACUACGAGCGCACCUCAUUACACUGGCUGGCCAACAUGGACCGCCACAAGGCUGAGAUCCUGCCGAUCUUCGAGCGUACCUACGGCGCCGCAGAGGUCAAGCGCUGGUGGGUGUACUGGCGGGUCUUCUUCCUCUCCUGCGCCGAGCUGUUUGGCUAUCACGGUGGUAGGGAGUGGCUGGUGGGGCACUACCUGUUCGAGAAGGCCUCAUAG